AUGUGAAGUUUAAUGAAGCUGCAACUUGGAAUUGGGAGAAUUCAGAAGUUAUAUCUUCUGAGACUAGUCUUGAAGAUGAAACUGAUGAGGAUUAUGCAGUUAGAGGUCUGGAGAGCUGCAAUGCAGGAGGAGUUCAAUAUGAUUCAGAAAAAUGAUACAUGGCAGCUUGUGAAUCGACCAAAUAACAAGAAAGUCAUUGGUGUUAAGUGGGUUUAUAAGGUGAAACUUAAUCCCAAUGGUUCUACAAACAAGCACAAAGCAAGGCUUGUGGUAAAGGGAUACUCACAGCUCCCUGGAAUUGAUUUUUGUGAGACAUUUGCGCCGGUGGCCAGGUUUGAUACCAUCAGAUUGCUUUUGGCACUAGCAGCUCAGAAAUGCUGGUUUGUAUACCAACUUGAUGUUAAAUCUGCUUUCUUGAAUGGUUAUUUGAAAGAAGAAAUACAUGUGGAGCAGCCUGAUGGAUUUGUUAAAAAUGGUACUGAAAACAAAGUCUAUUUGCUCAAAAAGGCUUUGUAUGGACUUAAGCAAGCUCCUAGAGCUUGGUACAGCAGAAUAGAUGAAUAUUUGCUGAAAUUGGAUUUUGUAAAGAGUCUCACUGAAGUCACUCUUUAUGUCAAAGAAGAGGGAGCUGAUUUAUUGAUUGUUACAAUUUAUGUGGAUGAUUUUCUCAUCACUGGCAGCAAUGAAAAUCAGACUAGUCAAGGUAUAUUCAUAUGUCAGAAGAAAUAUGCUAAUGAGAUUUUGAAUCAGUUUGCAAUAGUUAAUUGCAAAACAGUCAACACACCUAUGGUUCCUUAUGAGAAGCUAAGAAGUGAUGAUGGUGCAGCUAAAAUUGAUGUAGGAGUAUAUCGGAGUUUAAUUGGGAGAUUGUUAUAUUUAUCAGCAACUAGACCUGAUAUAAUGCAUUCAGUGAGCCUUUUGUCUAGGUUUAUGCAUUCUCCCAGUGAAAUACACUUCAAGGCAGCCAAGAGGAUCCUAAGGUAUGUGAAGGGAACAACUAAUUUUGGUGUUCUUUAUAAAAGGUCAACAAAUGUGAAGCUAAUUGGAUUUACAGAUAGUGAUUGGGCUGGUUCAGAGGAAGACAUGAAAAGUACCUCAGGACAGUGUUUUUCUAUUGGUUCAGGGGUGAUUAGUUGGAGUUCUAAGAAGCAAGACUCAGUUGCCAAGUCAACAGCAGAAGCUGAGUACAUUGCUGCUUCUCUUGCUGCAGAUCAAGCUGUGUGGUUCAAGAAACUAAUGAAUGAUUUAAAACAACCUCAAAUGCAUCCUACUGAGUUGUUUUGUGAUAAUUUAUCUGCUGUUGCAAUUGUUAAGAAUCCUAUUCUUCAUGGUAGAACCAAGCAUAUCAAGAUUAAAUAUCAUUCUAUUAGGGAGAUGGUUAAUGAAGGUGAAGUUCAGGUUUUGCAUUGUGAUUCAGAUGACCAGAUUGCUGAUAUAUUCACUAAAGGAUUGCACAAGUUCAGAUUUGAGACACUAAGAGACAAGCUUGGGAUGAGCAGCAUUAGUGUCAAGGAGGAGUGAAAACAGCAAUGUAAAGACAGUGACACAAAUGCUGUCACACUAUUUUUUCAGUUUGUAGCAGUUAUUAGUUGGUUUUUAAUCCAGUUUGUUUUUCCAUUGGAAUGCAGUUAACUUCAGUUUUUAGUAGUUUCUUUAUUUCCUUGUAAAAAGCAGAUUUGUUCAAUGGAAAGUUUUAGUUCUGCACUUACCAGAUCUUCAUCUCUUUAUUUACAAACUAACAUCAUUCCUCUUUUUCACAAUUUCACUUGUUAUGUUAGUUGCUGUAGUACCAUGGAUGAUUUUGGACAGAUAAGUGACAUGCUUUACAGCAUUAAUUAAAGCCCCUUCCCCAACCGCAUAAGCACACAAAAUCCCCGACUCAAUAUGAAAUUAAGAUAAAAACAGUAGUCUUUUUAGCGCAGGUAUAUAGGUGAAUUUGUGCAAUGAAUUGUGAAGUUGAUACCAUGUGAACGUUGCACGUUACAUUUGUUGGGGGACAGAGUACUGGAUACCUUUAUUAUUAUUUGUUUGAGGGGGACUGAUAUCUGCUUGAUCAAUUUUUCUUUGAAAAAAUUACUUUAGCUUGGUGGCAUUGUUGAUAAAAGGAGUUAAAGUAAUGCCUUUUUUUUUUUGUUCUUUUUAAUCUUCUUUUGCAUCCUCUUAUGUUACAGAAAUAGGAUGGCUGGACAAAGCAUCUUGUGUUAAUCUAUCAGUGGGUGGAUGGCUUCGCGCUGGAGGAAUUUGGUUUAUAUAUGAAAUGUCAAGCUAUUAGGAAUUCUGCGUCCCCAAACCGUAAUGUAUUUUGUUGAUGAGAACACUUCUCUUGCCUUUUUUGUUUCUUUUUUUCUUUUUUUUUUUGGUAACUGAGAAUAGAGAAAAGAGUUGUUA